AUGGGGGGUCAAAGGGGAGAGGGGGAGGGGAAUAGCCCUCCAUUCCAAAGCCUCAACCUACGCCCGUUGCGGGUUGGCGACUUUCUUCACGAGGUUAAUAAGCCGUCUACCAGUGAAUGCUCGAACGGGGAUGGCCCUUCUCCCCAUUGA